AUGUCAGACAUCGGGGACUGGUUCCGAAGCAUCCCUUUGAUCACCCGGUAUUGGUUUGCUGCUUCGAUUGCUGUUCCCUUUAUCGGUAAACUAGGAUUGAUUGAUUUUAGGAACCUUAUGCUGGUCCCAGAGCUGGUCUUUAGCAGAUUUCAGCUCUGGAGGCCGGUGACAGCCACCCUUUAUUUCCCCAUCACCCCAAAUACUGGCUUCCUCUACCUGGUCAACCUUUAUUUCCUCUACCAUUACUCCACUCGGCUAGAAACAGGAGCGUUUGAUGGCCGGCCUGCAGACUAUGUUUUCAUGCUCCUUUUCAACUGGAUCUGCAUUGUCAUAACCGGGCUGCUGAUGGACAUGCGGCUGCUGAUGAUCCCACUGAUCAUGUCGGUGCUGUACGUCUGGGCUCAGUUCAACAGCGAGAUGAUCGUGUCUUUCUGGUUUGGAACUCGCUUCAAGGCACAUUAUCUACCUUGGGUCAUCCUGGUCUUCAACUUUGUCAUCGGAGGAUCAUUUGUGAAUGAGCUGACAGGCAAUCUGGUCGGCCACCUCUACUUUUUCCUCAUGUUCAAAUACCCCAUGGACCUGGGCGGACGCUCCUUCCUCUCCACGCCAGAGUUCUUGUAUCGGUUCUUCCCUAACACCAGAGGAGGAGUGUCGGGGUUUGGAGUUCCUCCGACCAGGAGGCCGGUUCCCCAGGAGCCGCCAGCGGCAGGCGGGGGAGGAGGAGGCCGUCACAACUGGGGACAAGGCUUUCGCCUCGGAGGAGAAUGAGAUCCACUCUCCCUCCGCUCCCUCUAACAAACAACUGAGCAGUUGACUUUUUUUUUUUUUUUUUCUGCCUGAGAUUUUUGCUUCCUCACAAUUUUCUGUUUUGAGAGAGAGAGAGAGAGAAACUUUACCUCAAGUUUUAUUCACAUGUGUGUGUGCGUUAGGUUUUAAAAGAUGCUGCAGGAUGAAACCCGUGAAAGUGUGUGUAUGUGCUUUAACCGGAACUGCUCCGCUCUGCACUACCGGACUCGGACUCUGACCGUAGGCUCGGUUCAUGCCGUUUCUACUGCUGCACGUCUCCGGCAGACGGAACUUAUGAAAAUAAAUGUCUUUUUUUCCCGUGGCGACCCCGAACGCCUCCCGCUCAUUUCCGUCUUUCCUGUCCUCUUCCGCUGUUUUCCUCCACGACUCGACUGUCGACACGAGAGAUGUUGCAGCUGCACGCUGUUGAUUCGGACUCCUCCCUCCCUGUGAUGCCAUAUCGGAUUACAUUGUAAUUAUCACUGCCGAGUGCGCCAUCGGCCUUCCUCCAGCAGAAGAGAAGGGACGCUACAGCGCAUAUAAAAAAAAAAGAAAAAAGUAUUCACUUCCUUGGAUGUGUUGCCCUCUUUAUUGCUUUUACAAAUCAAUCAUGAUCAACAAAAGUUGGCUUCACAAAGAAGAAAAAUCGAUCCGUCUUCUACAAAACGACAAACACUUAACAUAAAUAUUCACCCCCAUUAUAUCGGCUGACCUAAUUUAACAAAGAUCCAGUCAAUUAGUGCCAGCAAUCUCACAAGAAGAAUGGAGGUCACCUGAAUGCGGGGACUCUAAAGCAGCAUAAAGUAGCCCGUAGAUGGAAGGUCCAGUAUUCCUGCCUGUCAUGACAACAGGAAGAGGAACACGCCAAGCAAAUCAGAGUAAAUGUUGCUUAGAGUAUAAGUCAGGGGAUGGAUAUAAAAAAGCUUCAGCUGCUGAAAUGGUAGAGACUGCCUGUUUUCAUCACUUAAAAAGCACCGGCAAGUGACAAUGAGAAAGCCACUGUUGAAGAAAAUUCAUAUCUAGGCUUAAAUAGAGUUUGCCAAAUGGUACAAGAGCGACUCCAUGGUCCAGUGGAAGAGAGUUCUUUAGAGUGAUGAGUAAAAGUGGAGCUUUUCAGCCAUCAAACAGGUGGUGCAUGGUGGCGGCAGCAUCAUGCUUCUUGGCAGGAAGGCUAGUAAAGGCAGAAGGGAAAACGAAUGCAGCAGAAUAGAGAGAAAUGCCAGAGAACAAUUUGUUUUCAUCUGCAAGAGAACUAAGGAGCUAGAGCGACACAGAAAUGGUUUGAAGAUGAACAGAGUGGCCUAGUCAAAGCCCAGACUCUCUGAUAAGAGAAUUUUGUCAGGACUUGACACACGAUCCCCAGCUGACCCCCCCGAGUAUACUGACGGAAGAUUGAAGAGUUUUGACAAGAAGAAUGGAGUAAAACUCGCAGAGUCCAGCAAAAAUCACGUCUACUAAAUAAUGACUUCAAGUGGUGAAUAUGUGCAAUCAGUUUUUUUUUGUUGUUAAAAGCAGUUUUCCCACAGUCAAUUUUUUAAAACUAAAACAUUUGGCUUUUUUUUUUUUUUUUUUUGUCAAAAAGGUCAAAUUUGUAAAACAUCAAAGGGGGUGAAUACUUUAUUUUAUAUAUAGAAACUGUAUUGAACUUGUGUAGCUCCCAGGUCUGAGCUUGUAACAUAUUUUCGAGCCUUUGGUGCAAAGAGCUGGAAGUUUUUCUGACAUGAGAUUUAAAUGAGGUAAAAA